UACCAGCACGCUUCACGACGGGAGGUGUCUAGUCUAGAGCUGGAUGCUGUCAAUUGAUCAAUCGAUCAGUUCAAUUCUUCUGAAACGUCGAAAGUGCAUUAAAUUCUGAGUCAAGUCCCAAAAAAACAAACGUGGGCAGCAAUGGCGACAAACGGUUCAGAAGUCGACUUGGAUAGUACCAGCAAACCGACUCAAAUCGGCACCGAUCCAAUAAACCACUGGUUCUAUGAACCUGCCACAGGAAUUAUUGACCUCACUCGGGGCCAUUCUUCCAAUGCAACCACUCUGAAAACGACCACGAAUACUCUGCGUUUGGCACCUGAAAAGUCCGCUCUCGUCAUCAUCGACAUGCAGAACUUCUUCCUCUCACCUGCACUGGGUCGACCCACCGAGAGCACAGGCCUCGCUGCUGCGAAGGCGCUUAUGGACAUAGGUAUCCCCGCAGCGAGAGAGAAAGGCAUUCGCGUUCUGUGGGUGAAUUGGGGCCUCACUGAGGAUGAAGUGAAUACUAUGCCACCAGGUGUGACGAGAGCGUUUGGAGUUUUCGAAGCUGUUCCAGACAAUAGCAAGAAGAGAAAGAAUCCGAAUGUAUACAAGGGUCUCGGAGCGGACUUGGGCCCAAUCCAAUUACCUGAUGGUACCACCGUCGAAGCUGGUCGUGUGCUAAUGCGCGAUGCGUGGAAUACUGCUCUGUAUACCCCUCUGGAUAGAGCCUAUCUCGAAGGUGCGAGACGGUCAUCCACGCCUGAUGUUUGGAUACAUAAGAAUCGCAUGUCUGCACUGUGGGGAUCUGGAACAGAUCUCGAAGUUUAUCUGGAGAAAGAAGGCAUCACGACAUUGCUAUUUGCUGGUGUCAAUACAGAUCAGUGUGUUGGUGGAACAUUAAUGGAUGCAUUCAGCAAGGGGUAUGAUUGUAUCUUCCUUAAGGAUGCGUCGGCGACAAGUUCGCCGCAAUUCUCUCAAGAUGCAUGGGAAUGGAACAGCGAACAUUGCUGGGGGUUCCUCAGUGACUGUGCUUCGUUGAAAGAAAUGUAAUUACACCAUUGUGUAGAAGUCAUACAGAUACUUAUCGCUAUUGGCAUCAUGGUUUCCGAAAAGGGAAGUCACGGAUAUUAGCACGUG